UCCUUCCUUUCUCCUGCUCCUUGUAGGGUUGGUCCCUCUGGGAUUCGGGAUGGAGUUGGGAAUUUCAAGGGAAGGGGGUGAUGCCAUAAAACCCCCGAUAAAACUUUUUGGGGGGGUGGCAGGGGACCUGUCAGGGAUAUUUAAGCAGAUGCCUUGGAGCAUCCCCCUUGGGGGGGGGUAGGGCCCCCAAAUCACUUCUCCACCGGGAUUUUCCAUGGAGGGUGAUCCCGCUGCUCCCCCUUGGGCAGGUCUCCCCCGGCCAUGAAGAGGAGCGGGAUGUGCUGGUGGCUCGUCACCAUCCUGGGGGUGUUGAGCGGACCCAGCGCGGGAGGCAGGAGCUGUGGUCCCCAAGACCAUGGGCCACCAGGAUGUCCACCUGGAGAGGAACCCAGCGGGGCGUGUGGCUCGGCGCGGGGGCCAGUGGGGACAUGUCGAGCUUGUCCCCCCGGCACCUUCUCCCCAGGAGACGUGUCCUGCUCCCCUCACACCCACUGCGGGGCCAGGAACAGGAUCCUGGUGGCACCGGGGACACCGGUGACCGACAGCCACUGCGGAGCCUGCCUGCCAGGGUUUUACAGCCCUGAAGGGGAGAGGGACCCCCGGGGCCGGUGCCUGCCCUGCGCCGCCGCUCCCCGAAGCACCCUGGGGUGCCCAGCGGGGACACCGGUGACCGACAGCCACUGCGGAGCCUGCCUGCCAGGGUUUUACAGCCCUGAAGGGGAGAGGGACCCCCGGGGCCGGUGCCUGCCCUGCGCCGCCGCUCCCCGAAGCACCCCGGGGUGCCCAGGUUGGCGACGAGCCCGCAGCCCCGAAACGCCGGGACAGAUGGUGGGGACCAACGGGACACGGGGGAUGUUGAAGGGUGAGGAAGAGGAAGAGGAGGAGGAGGCAGCGGCGGCGCAGGCGGCCGUGUUGACCAUCGUCCCGGUCUUCUGCGCCAUGGGGUUGUUGGGCAUCUUGGUCUGCAACCUCCUGAAGAAGAAGGGCUACCACUGCACCGCCAACAAGGACCCCCAGCCUGGUGGCACUGGUCCCAGCUCCAUCUACCAGCUGGAGGACCCCAACGAGGACACCAUCGGGGUGCUGGUGCGGUUGAUCACCGAGAAGAAAGAAAACGCCGCGGCGCUGGAGGAGCUGCUGAAGGAGCACCAUGGCCAACAGGCGAUGCCACCACCGGGCUACACCCCCCAGAAUAAGUUGUACCUGUCGUGCCGCGGGCACCUUCUGGUGAUCCCGCCCCCAUCCCACGUCCACCUCGUCUCUCUCAGUCCCAGCUCCAUCUACCAGCUGGAGGACCCCAACGAGGACACCAUCGGGGUGCUGGUGCGGUUGAUCACCGAGAAGAAAGAAAACGCCGCGGCGCUGGAGGAACUGCUGAAGGAGCACCAUGGCCAACAGGCGAUGCCACCACCGGGCUACACCCCCCAGAAUAAGUUGUACCUCCUGCCUCAGUUUCCCCCAGCCUGCCGCCACCAGCAGCACCUCCACACGGUGCAGGGACCGGCCCCCUGUGCCCGCUGCAGCCAGAAGAAGUGGCCUCAGGUUCUACCAUCCCUUGGGGCCACCACCAAGGUCCCCAAACCAGGAGGUCGCCCCGGUGAGGUCACCAUCCUCUCCGUUGGCAGGUAA